AUGGAAAAAUGCACCAAGUGCCCAGAUGAUCAAUAUCCAAACAGGAACCAAAUCCAAUGUAUCCCCAAAAGAAUAACCUUCCUGUCCUAUGAAGAACAUUUGGGUAUCAUCCUAAUCUCCUCUGCCCUACUCUUGUUCCUAACCACAACUCUUGUUUUACUCAUAUUCCUUCAAUACCUAGAAACUCCCAUUGUCAAAGCCAACAAUCGAGACCUCUCCUUCAUCCUCCUGAUAUCCCUCCUGCUUUGUUUUUUAUCCUCCUUUCUCUUCAUUGGCCAGCCAAGGAAAGCCACCUGUCUUCUCCGACAAACAGUGUUCAGCAUUGUCUUCUCAGUAGCUGUGUCUUCUGUGUUGGCCAAAACAAUCACAGUGGUGCUGGCAUUCCUGGCCUCAAAACCAGGAAACAGGAUGAGAAGGUGGUUGGGGAAGACUUUGACCAACUCCAUCAUACUUUCUUGUUCUGCUGUCCAAAUUUUCAUCUGUGUCAUGUGGCUGGGAGUAUCUCCCCCAUUCCCUGAUUCUGACAUUCACUCCCAGCCUGGAGAGAUCAUCCUUCAAUGCAAUGAAGGCUCUGCUACCAUGUUUUACAUUGUCUUAAGCUACAUGGGUUUCCUUGCUGUCAUUUGCUUCAUAGUGGCUUUCUUGGCCAGGAACCUGCCUGGGGCCUUCAACGAAGCCAAACUGAUAACUUUCAGCAUGCUGGUCUUCUGCAGCGUCUGGGUCUCUUUCCUGCCCACCUACCUGAGCACCAAAGGAAAGUCCAUGGUGGCUGUGCAGGUCUUCUCCAUUUUGGCCUCCAGUGCUGGACUACUGGGAUGCAUCUUCUUCCCCAAGUGCUACAUUAUUAUCCUUAGACCAGAGCUAAACACUAAGGAACAUCUAGUGAUAAAAGUAGGGGACUGA